AUGAGAUUUGCCAAAGGAAAAGAAAAACGCCUCUCCGGCCAGCCCCUUCCCCUCCUCCCUCUAGAAACUUCCGACACAAUCCCAAAUCCUCGCCAAUCCUCGCCAAUCGCCAUGGGUCGACUUCUCCCAGCGCCGGCGGGAUGUAUGACGUCCACCUGCGACGCCGCCGCCGCACCCGGCCUGGGCGGGAAGGACGUGCUCUUCCUCGCCGCCGGCAUUUUCCUGCUCUGGGUCCUCCGCCGCCGCUUCUGCAGGAUGGCAGGCCAUGCAGGUAACAACAAUGGGGAUAAUGUGAGGAGGCAAUACUUGGAAAGACUCCGAAGGUAUGCGCACAAUCCUGGAUACUGAAAUGAUGUUGGCUACUACAGGUGAAGACAUAAGAUUGUGGGGUAGAUGAGUAAUUUUCUGGACAGACUAUAGUUGCGUCUCACUGGCCUGAUACUGAUAUGACUCUUGAAGACGGAUGAUUUUGGAGUGACGAGUAGUUUUCUGGACAGACUAUAGCUGUGUCCCAUACAUGUGAUGCAUUGCGCCGUGUUUUGGUGAAACGAUAAUGCUGAGAUGAUGCUUUUUUUGCCUGUGCAAUCUUUUGUUGUUUGCGUUUCUAUCCUGAAACCAAAGAUGCUUUGACAUUGGUUCGUUGAAUAGUGCCAUUUCUUGAUUCA